AUGAAUUAUCCAGUAAGGACAAAAGAUACAGCAGAUCAUGCUGGAUUUGAUGUACAAUUAGAUUGGUUAUAUAAAGGUAAAAGAAGAAAUAAACCAAAAGGUUUAAAUUCUCUACCGAUUAAGAAAAAGGCUCCAACAAUAUCAGCAACACCUGUACCAAAGACUAGAAAUAGAUCAAAAUCUAUUUCAAAUGGUAUGUUAUCAGAAAGUAAGACUACUUCAAAUGAAUGGAAUGAAGUAAAACAAGAUGUAUUAAAGAAAAAUAAUCAUUUAUUUCCUGAAAAAAGUAGUAAUACUCCUACUUCUACUAGAUCAAGAUCAUCAACUAUGACAGAUGAUGAUCAUAAUUCAAUGAAACGUAUAUCUAAUGUUAAUAGUACAACUUCAAAUGAUAAUAAUGGUAAUAGUGGAUUACAUAGAAGUAAUUCAAUGAAUGAAAAACCAAAAAGAUCAAUUUUUAGUAGUUUAUUUGGUAAAAAACUUCAAGAUACACCUACUUUAACUAUACAAACAAGUAAUCCAACAACUAUUGUUACACCAACUAAAAUUAAUAAUAAACAACAAGAAAUUAUUGAUGAGAAUGUUUCUGAAUUAUCUAAAUUAGCAAAAAAUCGUUUAAGAAGGGUUAGAUUUGCCGUUGAUAAAAUUGAAGAUGAUCCACCACAGCAAUUACCUUCCAGAAAGCCAAAGAUGGGAAAUAUUUUAAUCCCUGAAGAAAUGAUUAGUAGUACACCUUUAAUAUCUGUUGGGAUUAGUAAUUCUAAAAAUAAUAGUAGUAGUAAUGAUACUCAAAUUUCAUCUCCACCAUCUUCAUUACAAGGCAGAAAAUUUACAAGGGAUUCCAAGGAAUACAAAAUUGUAUUGGAACAUUAUAAAAAAAGUUUAAAGGAAUCGGAAAGAAGACAACUAGAAUCUCAUGAAGCGGCAGAAUGUGUUGCUAAAGAGGUUCGCAAUUAUAAAAUAGGAACUCCUUUAAAAAAGAUUAAAAGUAAUGAGUCACGUACUAGUGGUAAAAGUGACGAAGAUUUCGAACGUGAAACAACAAUUGAUUCAACUUUAAUGUCAAAUAUUGAAAUUGAUAAACCAUUACAUAUAAAUGCACAUCCAUUUCAAAAUUCACAUUCAAAUGAAAUUUCAGAACCAGGAUCUCCUAAUUCUAAUAAAGAGAUGACUUUAGACGUAAUAUAUACGAGAUGUUGCCAUUUAAGAGAAAUUUUACCAAUUCCAUCAACAUUGAGACAAGUUAAAGGUAAGACUGCACCUUUACAUGUAAUAAAAUUUUUAAAUCCAAGACCUACUUUGAUUGAUAUACUUUCAUUUUGUGAUUUUAUAUCCAUUGUUCCAAUUCACAUUGUUAUCUUUGAUAAUGUUCUUUUAAGUUCUGAAAUGUUUAGAAUUUUAUUGACAUCUUUAGUCAAUUCAAAAGUAUUGGAGAAACUUGGUCUAAGAAACGUUGUAAUUAAUCAAUCAGAUUGGAGAUUUUUUUGUAGUUUUAUGUUACAAAAUAGAUCUCUUAUAAAGUUAGAUAUCUCUCAAACAAAAACUAGAAGUGAACAAGAUCUAUCUACUUAUAGAGAAAAUAUGAAUUGGUCUCUCCUUGCAGAGGUUUUAAAUGCAAGGAAAGGUCGCCCAUUGGAAGAAUUAUUAUUAAAUGGUAUUAAAGUAUCAUAUAUCCCAUUAGAUGAAUUGAUGACACUUUUAAAUAUUUUUGGUAAAAAGAAUAGAGGUAAAAGUAGACAAAGAUUAGGAAUGGCAAUGACAGAUAUUGACGAAGAUCAUAUUAGAAAUAUAUUUAAUUGGAUGUCACAAUUUAGUAUUCAGGGGGUAGACUUCGCAUUUAAUAAUUUAACACCAUUGGUAAAACCAAUUAUUGAUAAAUUAUCCUUAUUAAAUUAUGAACAUUUGGAAUAUUUUACCUUGAAUAGUACAUUUCUAACUGAUGUUGAUGAGGUCACCCAGUUGUUAAAUUGUUUGGCUAACCUACCUAACUUACAAUUCUUGGAUUUAAGUAAUUUACCUGCUUUAUUCCCAGCCAUCUUCCCAUCAUUAAAUGAAACAUUACCUAAAUUUAAACAAUUGAAAAGGAUUCAUUUGGAUAAUAAUAACAUGGAUGAUAAACAAUUGACUUUGUUGUGUAAUAUUUUGGUUAAAUGUAAGACUUUAUCACAUAUAUCCUUAAUGACUGUAAUACCAACGCCAAGUCCAGUAGAAAAGAUACCAACUGGUCCAGACGAAGUUAUGGAGUCUAAAUUUGGAAUGACACCAAUGACACCAAUUAAUGUAGAAGAACCAAAGCAAGAAAAUGAAAAAAGUAGUGAAUUUGUUAAAUCAUCAUUGUGGGGUCAAUAUUAUAGUCUGGCUCAUGAUAUGCCAAACUUAUUGAGUUUAGAUAUCAAUUAUGACGAGAUCCCCGAUGAAUUACAAUCCCGUAUCGCUUUGUGUCUAAUGAGAAACAUGAAGAAAACAAUGGAUUCCACAUUCCAAAUCGAUGAAUUGACUUCUCAAGACGAACUGCUAUUCGACGGUUCAUUAUUGACAGACACAGCCGAUCAAGUGUUGAAGAGAUUAGAAGAGACUUCUGUCGAUGGUACAGUAGAUACUGGUGAUUUGGAUGCCAGUAGGAAGUAUAUGUUAAAAAAAUAUAUUGAGAAGUUGGAUAAUGUCUUAAAGAAGGUCCAAAUUACAAUAGAUUUAAUGUUAGAAAAGAGUAAAAAUGACCAAUUACCAGAGAAAGAAAAAGAAAACUUAUUAAGUUUAUUAUUAUUAAAGAGAAACCUUUCAAAUAUCUUAGAGAUUCUAUUAGAUGUUCCAAGACAAACCGCCGGAGUCAUGUCUCCGGUCUCACAGGCAGUAUCAUCCUUCGACGCUAGAGAUAUUACUACGCCUACUACUCCGGUGAGACCCGAUUUAAGACAUAUGGACUCUGCACGACUAUUGUCGCAGGCAGUAGGGACUGUAAUGGGGCGAGCCACUGAGCAUAGUAAAGAACGUGAAGAAACAGAAUUUGAAGCAUCUCGCCCUCAUGUGAUGGCUACUGACUCUGGUAGAGUCAUUGAUGUUCAAACGGGACAACAAGUUUUACAUAAAUCCUCUUCCAAUACAUCUUUGGCUAGUAAAUUACAAGAACAAGAAGAAGGUGAAUUCCAUAAAUGGGGUUACUUCAGACAGCAUAGUUCAAUGUUGAACGAUGACUUAUCGUCACCUAUAAUAACGACACCAAAUAAUGAAGAGGAAAAUUCUUCAAUGGGAACCAUGACACCUAGACCGGGACAAGAAACUAACCCAUUUACAGACCCUAAAUUGAGGGAUACGAAACCAAAGAUAUUACCAAAGAUUCCUACUGGUUCAGAGUUGCGUAAAGCAAUCAUGAAGGCCAAGGGUAUUGAGUCUAUCGAUGAUCUGAUUAAAAAGGUGAGCGACAAUAAAUCGGAAUUAGAAACUAUUUACAACGCUGCUUUGAAUCUAAGUCAAACCUCGAGUAUUAACGAUUCAGUAAGAGACAGUGCUGUUUCAUCAUCUCCUUAA